UCUGACUACAAAUGAGGACAAAGCAGAAACCUUGUUUCUGUCAAUCAAGAAGUGUUGCUAGUAACAAGUAAACGUGACUCGGCAUGUCUCUUCGUUCACAAUUAUUUCGACUAAAAGCUGAGGCCACCUGUACUAUCUGCUUAGAAUUUUACAAUGACCCAGUGAGUAUAGAAUGUGGGCAUAGCUUCUGCGCACUUUGCAUUAAGAACUUCUGGGACUCAGGAGAAGAGAACACUGCAUUCUGCCCAAUGUGCAGGAAAACAUUCCCAAAAAAGGGUUUUAGCCCAAACAGGCAGCUUGCAGGAAUUGUGGAGUGUCUCCAACAGCUGAUACAGACAGAAAUGCAUGAAAGACAAAGGAACUGCAGCUGCACCACAGGAAAUAAUUCACAAGAAGCUCAAAACUGUGUGAAGUGUAGGAGAAAGCUGAGUAAUAUAACCGAUGUUGGGGGAUGUGUUAAAAUGUCUGUGCAGCUGACAAAGGUGCAGCUUGAAAAAUCCCUGACACGAAUCCAGCAGCGGAUGCAGAAAGUCAUGAAUCUGAAAAAAGAAAAAGAAAUUAACAUCAGUAAUAUAAAGGCACUGUCUGAGUCAUUGAGGAAAGGUAUACAAGGAGACUUUAAACAGUUAAAAUGCUUUCUGGACCAAGAAGAGGAAGCAAUGUUACUCAGACUGAAAGCAGAGGAAGACAGAAAAGUGAAAAAGGUUGAAGAAUGUAUUAAGAGUAUCCAGCAUGAAAUUGAGUGCCUACAAGUCAUUGAAAGAGAUAUUCAGAAAGUACAGACCCUUGAUGGACCAGCACUGCAUACUAAUUCUGAUGAUGUCUUAUCUAGAGCGAACAUCCAAUUUGAGGACUUAGACACUGAUAUAAUUCAUAUGAACACAGGUGCUUUCAACUGUCCCAUACAGUAUUUGUUAUGGAAGAAGAUGGCAAAAGUAGUCAAUCCAGCACCAGAAUCACUAAUUCUUGACUCAGAUACUGCAAAUCCUCGCCUCUGGCUAUCUGCUGAUCUGACCCAAGUGGAAUGCAGUGACAAAGAACACCAGUUCCUCAACAACUCAACCAGGUUUGACACUUUUCCUUGUGUCCUAACUUCCGAAGGCUUCACAUCUGGGAAGCAUUAUUGGGAGAUUGAAGUGCCACAGAAUCCAGAGUGGAUCAUAGGUUUAGCCAGAGCAUCUUCCAGUCGUAAAGGGAAACUCAUGAUUCAACCUGAUAAUGGGUUCUGGACUAUUGGAUUCUUAAGUCAAAAUAACUAUAAAGCUCUCACUUGUCCUGAAAUGCGUUUGACGCCUAUAACACCAAUGCACAGAGUUGGCAUUUACUUGGAUUAUGAAGGCAAGGAGCUCUCAUUCUACAAUGCCAGUAGUAUGUCUUACCUCUGUACUUUCAGUGACACCUGGGAGGAAAAGGUCUAUCCCUUUAUAUACAUUAACUCUUCAAAGCCCCUGAAGAUUAUUCACUUCAUGCUGUAGAAUGGUACAGCUGCUAGAAGGAUCCAUCUGCUCCCCUUCCAUGCACAAAGAAAAUGAAGGUACUUCUGUAGAAUUCCUCCAGCUUGCCUUAGAUAAGUAUCCCUGGACCACAAACAGAACUUAACACUCAUAACAAAAUGCAUAGCUAUGUAGUAAGGGGAGAUAAAUCACCUUCGUAGUAUGUUUUUCUUGUUAAGUAUUGAGAAAUUAGCAGAUGUAUGUCCUUAUUAGAUUAAUAUUUUUGAUAUUCCAAAGCGCACUGACUGACGGUUAUGUAGUCUGUCAUAUAUAAGUACAUGCUGUACAUUUGUUUUUUCAUUUGCUAUUUUAGCACAUUUGGUGCUAGGAGCUCUACUCUGAAACACCAUUUUUUAAGGAAGUCUAAUGGAAACACUUUUUAGUGUAUUAAAUAUUAAUCUGUAAAGACCUCUUUUUGAGAUGUUCUGAAGAGAUAAAACUAUUAUUUUACAAAAUUUUCUAAGAGUGAUCAUGUUAUCGGGCAGUGUUGUAUUUGUUAUGCUCUUUCAGAAGAAGAGCUGAUUGGGGAUAAUGUGCCUAUCUAAUUAGUGAAUAAUAAAUAUACAAAUAAACCAUA